AUGGAAUGUAACAAGGAUGAAGCUAGAAGGGCAAUGGAUAUCGCUGAGAAGAGAGUUUCAGAGAAAGAUUACAAUGGAGCCAAGAAAUUUGCAAACAAAGCUCAGGUUUUGUAUCCUAACCUUGAUGGUUUGCAACAAGUGUUGAUGAUGAUCGACGUUUAUAUCUCUGCAACCAACAAGAUCAACGGAGAAGCUGACUUGUACGGAGUUCUCGGGGUAGACCCUUUGGCUGAUGAUGGAGCGGUGAAGAGACAGUACAAGAAGUUGGCUCUUUUGCUUCAUCCUGAUAAAAACAAGUUUAAAGGCGCGGAAGGAGCGUUUAAGCUGGUUUCACAAGCUUGGUGUUUGUUAUCUGAUAAGGUCAAGAGAAGUGGUUAUGAUCAAAAGAGGAAGUCGAAAGAUGCAAAUACCGGGAUGCAGAAACCGCCAAACACAACACACAAGCCUGCUCCUCAUAAUGGGAAUCAGAAUGCUAGAGGCGGUGUGGAUCCGAGUGCUGGGGCUACAAAUGAUCAUAAGCCUGCUAGUGGAAUGCCAAAACCACCAAAUUCACACAAGCCAGCAGCAUCUUCUAACGGGAAUCAAAAUGCUCGAGGCGGUGUGGAUCCGAGCGCUGGGGCUACAAGCAAUCAUAAGCCUGCUAGUGGGAUGCCAAAACCACCAAAUCCACACAAGCCUGCUUCUCAUAGUGGGAAUCAAAAUGCUAGAGGUGGUGUGGAUCCGAGUGCUAAGGCUAAAAGUGAUCAUAAGCCUGCUAGUGGGAUGCCAAAACCACCAAAUUCACACAAGCCAGCAACAUCUUCCAAUGGGAAUCAAAACGCUAGAGGUGGUGUGGAUCCGAGUGCUGGGGCUACAAAUGAUCAUAAGCCUGCUAGUGGGAUGCCAAAACCACCAAAUCCACACAAGCCAGCAGCAUGUUCUAACGGGAAUCAAAGUGCUAGAGGAAGUGUGUAUCCGAGUACUGGGGCUACAAGUAAUCAUAAGCCUGCUUGUGGGAUGCCCAAACCACUAAAUCCACACAAACCAUCAUCUUCUAGCGGGCAUCAAAAUGCUAGACACCGUGUGGAUCUGAGCCCUAAACCUUGGAGUUAUGCCCCUGCCCCUGCUGAUUCAUCAAAACAGCAUACAGAUAGUAUGUUGUUUUGGACAAUAUGCAAUAGAUGCACGACAAAAAGUCCAUAUGUGACGGGGUUUUGUCAUAUAAAGCCCGUACAUUGUCUUAUCUGUGGUCAGGUUUUCAGUGCAACACAAGUUGUGAAGCCAGUAAACUGCUCAUCAUCUCCUCAACAACAACAAAACAGCUCCCAAAAUAAAGCAACAAACAAAAGCACCAAUGGAGCUUCUUCUUCUGUGAGAAAUUCUUCUCCAUCUGCAGCUCAGAAAACUCCACAAGCAAGUGCCAAAAGUCAAGCAACAAACAAAAACACAAAUGGAGCCUCUUCUUCACACAGAGUUUCUUCACCAUCUGUUAGUGCAACCGUGAAAAUUCCACAGGUAAAUGUUUUGAGGCCAGUCGUCAACCUCUCAUCAUCUCCUCAACUCCAACAACAACAACAAUGGAGUGCCCAAAACACAAGUGGUGGGAAGGUUCUUAAGAAGCCGAGGGCAGAGAAGGUGCUUAAAAAGCCUAGGGAAAUGGGAGAUAAGAAGUGA